AUGAACGUGGACCUGUUUGUGGGGCAUGUGCUCUACGCUAUCAAUCACUCUGCAAAGUGUGGGGACUCGGUCUCGAGGAACCUGCACUCGGGUUCGCCUACUUCGGCGACAAACACUCUUGCCUACGGCCAUACUCUGCCUGCUGACCAAUCGUACUUUGAGCCUGUUCUCGAACCUGCGUCGGUGUCGAGGACCGAAAAGAUCAAGGCCGCCAACAAGAGGAGGAAGAACCCAAAGCGGACAACGACCAUUGUCUCGUUUACUUCGUCAUCCUCGCCUGCAAGCGGCUCUCCUGAUACCCACUCGGGCCUCUCUGAUGCUCCACUAACGAAGAAAGCCCUCCCGCCGCGUAGUCAGCGGACCAAGGCGCUGCCGAUGCAAUCGGCGCUUGCUAGGUCUGUCGACGGUGACCUGAUCGAGGUGCGGGUGUGGGUUGUGGUGGGCGGGGCGCGUAAGCCGUCGACUCCGCCGCUGGUUUUCAAGCUCCCGUCGAUGUCGACGAUGGCCAAGCUUGCCGCGCGGGCCGUGGAGCUGUACUCGCGGGCGGGCCACGCCCCGGCGCUGGUGCACACCUCACCGCUCGGGUACGUCAUGCGGCUGGCCGAAGACGAGACGGGCCUCCCCGAGUUGGACUUUCCGGCGCUCGACCGCGCGCAGCUGCUAUCGGUCAUGGGAACCACCGAGUUUGUGCUGUGCGACAACCCGAACGCCGAGGCCGACAUUGCAGCCGAGUCGUCGAAGCGGCUGGAGGACGCCAGGACGACGCGGCUCGGCGCCGGGCGGACGACCAAGCGGCGGGUGACUGCGGGCCGCCGGGCGCUCACAGUUCACUCUGUGCACGGCUCGGAUCCUGCGGCGCCAGACAUGGACACGGCGGCGUUUGCUGGCAAGAACGUGCGAAUCCGCAUCCACUUUCCCAACGGCGCAGCGUCGGUGCUCAUGUUCGACGCCGCCAUUUCUAUCCAGCAGCUACUCAAGAUUGCGUCCAACAAGCGGACGACCCACCUGGAAGACUGCACUGUGCACCGAACAGAGGACGGGCCCGAGGUGGACAAGCGGACGCCGCUCGGCAUGAUUCCCAAGCUCUCGGAACUGUUCCUUAAGAGCGGCGGACUCGCCCGCCGGCGCGGAACCAUCGGCUCGCGGUCGGGCUCGGUCGCCGCUUCCACCAACGACAACACACUUGCGCCUCCAUCGUCGGACGGGCAGCGGUCACGGUCGUCAACACUCACCUCGCCAUCGCCGCUCCAAUUUCAGUUCUCCGAGUUUACCGCCAUCAUGUACAAGGAGUACGCGCUCGUCAAGAUCAACAAGGCCGGGCGCCGCCAGCAGCGGGUCCUCGGCAUCGAUGGCGACCGCCUCCACAACAAGACCAUCCAGCAGGCCGCCGGCAAGAAGUCUUCCAAGUUUGGCAAGCUCUUCAAGUCUGGCGAGGUCAAGCGACCGUACCGCGAGUGGUCCGAGGUUCUUCAGAUCGAGCGUCUUAACGAGCUCGAGUUUGUCAUCUCUUUCAUCGACAAGUCGUCCAACCACUACGAGGCUGAGACCGUUGCCCAGGCCGAUGAGAUACUCGCCAAGCUCACCGUUCUUUUUGAGCGCCGCGUCUAA